AUGGAGAUCAUGAAACCGGCAAAUCAAGAGAUUUCAGAAGGCCUAUUAUUGAUUUAUACAUUGAAUUCAAAAAGUAAUGAAAGCACUAGAAAUUUUGAUGAUGCUGGCGCAUUGACACAUAUUAAUAUGAAUAAGAUUUUAUCGGAUUUAAAUGGCGGUAAAGUUAUUGUUGGAAAUUUAGUGGUAGUGGCGGAAAAGAAACUAGUUUGGUAUACGUUACGAAAUGUAACAUUUGAUAUAUCAGCUAAUAAACAAUAA